UCAGCUCAGAGCUGCUCUCUCUAGGGUCAGCUGGGGUAAUGGCCACUACGGCAUCCUCUGAUGCUUUGUCUAUGUUUGAUGGAGAUGCUUUGCUGUUUUAUUGCCUAGAAGCCUCUGGAUAUGUAUACAGUGAACCUGUCAGCUCUGAAUCAAAUCUUGUCACUGUGUAUCCAUCAAAAGAAAAUUCACCUCACUUUCCUAACAUUGAUUUUGCAGCAUUCCUUAUUAGUCAUGGAAAACUACAAAGUGUCAAUCAUCAAAACUAUGCAUCUCAUUGUCAUGAUGAUAUUAUUACAGAAAAUGCUGAACCUAUGACUGUAGUGUAUGGUAGUAUCAUCAAAAUUCAACAUCAGGCAUCUGGCAGGUAUUUAGCUGUGACUCCUAAUAAUUCAGCAUGGCUUGAUAAAGGGAAUUCUGAAGCUAGUUUAUUUAGGCUUGUUCCUUCUCAUCAGGAAAAAGGAUGGGGUGAUGAUCUGGCAAUUAAUGACAACAUUAAACUAGAAAGUAUUUAUUACAAAGGCUAUAGGAUACAGUGUGUUAAUAAUCCACUUGAAGCCAGCUAUCAUUUAGUCUUAUCUGUGACAGGCUCCAUAUUUUCUAUAAAGUCUCACUGUUACAAACGUUCCACUCUAAAUCCACAGUAUUUAAGGGGUGGCAAUGUUAUUAUGCUUUCCAGUCUAAAAAUUGAUGGGUAUGUCUCAGUCAAAGGUUCGUUUGUCAAUGAUAAGCUUCCUGAUCAGUUCAAAAGGACUCAAAAUGAAGUUGGAUUACGGCGAUGGCGUCAAGGCUUUUUUAAAAUUUUGCCUUUUUCUGGUGACACUUUUUUUCAGCUGGAGAAAACAACUCACAUAUUGACAGGAAAUCCUAUUUUGUUUGGUGAGCAAUGUAGAAUUAAGCAUUUACCAACACAGCAGUACAUCAGCGUUAAGGAUACUUUGGAUGGAUUGAAACUUGUUGUGGAGAAUAUAAAGGAGGCCAAUGGAGCUGAGCUAUUUAAAAUAUUGCCAAUUGAUAUUGCUCCACAAGAGAAAGUUUGCAUAAGAGACAGAGUUGUUCUUCAGCAUGUCAAUAGUCUGAAGUUUUUAGGAGUUAAUGUUAAACCUAUUCUUAAGAAAAGACAUUUAUCCCAGAAAGACCACCUUAGUCAAUGGUUUAGUCUUGUGCUUGAUGAUAAGAAAGAUGAUAGUAUACCAGUACCUGUUACCAGCCAAUAUGAAAUACUUAAGGCUGAAGAUGGUGCAGUUUUAGAUAUUUAUCAUGUGACAGGAUUGAGUUCAUGUUUGUGUUACAAUUUAAAGAGGGUGUCGUUAUUUACUACUGAAGAUGAGCUUGAUUCAAAAAGAGCAUUACAAGUGUCAUCACUUUAUCAAGAUGUGAUGACCCAAAUGACAGGAUUAAAAGUUGCUUUUAAUGUUUCUUCAAACAAGAAAAGACUUGCAAACAUGUUAAGGACCUUACAAACUAUUGAUGCUAUGAUUGCUUUAUUGUUGAAAAUGGCUUCUGGAACUAGUAGUCCAUUAAAACAUCAGGCUUGCUGUAGUAUUUGUUCUGCCCUUGAGGAGUAUGUGGAAAAUUCCAACUUCAAAUCACGUCACUAUCUUGCUAAGAAAGAAUUGUUAAAGUCACUAAUGACUACAGUUGGCAAAGGAUUUGGUACUGAAAAAAUUCUUAUUGCUUUAUCAAAAGAUGAUGUAGAAAUAGGUGACCUAUUACAGGAGUUUAUUAUUUCAUUUAUUGAGACAUUGAAUACAGAGGAUUCUAAGGUUGCUGAAUUGAUGACUGCAUUGGCAUUUAGUGGAAGAAAAUUUAACAAAGAAAUUCAAAAUCAAAUUUAUAAAAGGACACUUGCAACUGGAAUGGUUCAUAACUUUCAAGCUAAUCCUAAUGUACAAGAAAUACUGUCUGGAUUUGUAGAGGCAGUUGGCUAUUAUUUUGAAAAAUUUGGUAUCAUUAUCAAAAGAAGAUCAUUCACAUAUAAUUAUCUUGAAUUAUCAGUGAAGCCAAAUGAAAAAUUUGAACUCAUUGUUGAUGGUGAACAUAAGAAUCAUGUAUUGUCUAUGAAGAACUCCUUGCAUCAAUUUUUGUCUACAGAUGAGAUGCAUUUACUGUAUACUGGGGAUGACUACAAAGGAAGAAAUUCUAUUUUAGCUCAAGUACUUGGUAUUUUGGCAUUUCUUGUUGACUAUGGAGUUUACAAUACUGAUGAUGAGGUGUUAGAAAUUGUUUAUCUUUUGAUAAGUAUUAUUGAUAGUAAAAGUGAUGCAAAUUCCUUGGGGAAUGUGUUAGAAUAUCAUGAAAGAGUUAGUAGUGACACUCCUGGUAAUAAAAUAGUUUUCAAAAUUAAGUUCCUAGCACUACAGUCACUGAGCUUACUUCUUCAGCAACAUUUUCAUUCAUCCGUUAAGGCUCUUUUGUAUGACUUUAAACACUUAAGAGGAAAGGGUGAAGAGCUAUACAUUUCUCAAGACCAGCUUCAAGAGAACACGGAACUUAUAGGUUCAAUUGAAGAAGAAAAUAUUUUAGGCAAAGACACUCUUGAAGAUGUAUUGCAUAGUAAUGUAAGGUCAAGCUUCAGAAAGAUUCCUGAUGAUCAGAUAGAAUUAGAAGAGAUUGCAAUACUCUCUAAGGAAGAGUCAGAAUUUACUGAACCACCGUCUAACAUGGAGGUACUUCUUGAUAGUGAAAACUGUCCUACUGAAAAAUUGUGUGCGGAAUCACUUGCCAGGUUAAGAUAUAAUUUUAAAAGCCAAGUUUACUCAGUAUUUGAUAUUGAUUCUACAAACUGUCAAGAAUUGUCCUCUAUUCUGUUGGACCUUAUCAGUUAUGAUGACAAUGAUGUUUGCUUGCUGAGUGCAAAUAUUCUUUUUGAGAUUUUUGAAGUUGAAAAUAUACUGCUCUCUAAAGCUAAGGAUGCUUAUUUUACUACUCCUUAUACACAUUCAGCAAUUCAUAAAGAGAUGAAAGAAUUAUCGUCUAUGACAGAUUCACAUCAACUUCUCAAACAAAUGUUGAGAAACCAGGUCCAAGAUAAGCAAAAGUUAUUGAAUAAGUUAGAUGAACUCUCAAAUUGUUUUCUUUCUUCUAAUGAUGAGUCUGAACCUGAUUCUAGUAAUCAAGGAGUAGCAUAUAGUUGUGGGCUUUUUAAUGUCUUAAUGGAAUUUGUGCUUGAAUAUGGAAUUUUAGAUGAAUCUCAGUGUCAUGAAGAUGUUCUUAGUAGCUGUUUUACAUUGUUACAAAAAAUUACCAGAAAGAAUAUAAGAGCACAGAAUAAACUUUUUGUGUCUUUCAAUGAUUUUAUUGAAAUCAAGACUGCCGUUGCAUCUAUGACAUGUUUGCUUAGUGAAGUGUUUUCUAAUAACUCUUCCCUUUGUAAAAGAUUAUCCGAAAAUGAUAUCAGGAAGUUAUUUUUUAUUUCUAUUAGUAGCAGUAAUCCUGAGCACUAUGAGUUAACUGUCACACUGCAAACCAUUAUACAGAACACAGAGCCAGCAACUCCACUGCAAGAGUAUGUAUCACAACUCUUUCUUCAUCACUGGCAGGAUAAUUUAGGACACAUUUUAGGUCCAGAAAAUCAAGCUAAUAGAUUUCAACUUUUAAAAAACGCUGACGAUGAAGACCCUCACCUUCAACUGUUAUUAAAUAUAACUGACCUGUUAGCAUCAUGUACUGUUGGAGAGUGCCAGUCUGCAGAAUCUGUUUCCCAACAUUUUUAUGACAUAGAUGAACUCCUUUUAAUUCUUGCAAAUGAAAAGAUUGUGAGCCAUCGCAAGUUGCCCUUUGUGAGACUUUUAACUUGGACAUUUUUAAAUACUGAGAGAGACUCUGCUUUGGCAUGCUCUCAAUUAGCAUCUAGCAGGAAUUUUUUGUUGCACAUAGAGCAACAGAUUUCAGAUAUUGAGGAAAAAAUAUUGAAGGAGAUUUAUGCUUUAACAACUGAAAAAAAGAAAGCCCUUCAAAUAAAAAUGAAGAAUUUGACACAAUCAAAUUGGAGUAUUAAUCGAUGGAUAAAAUACUCAACUGAUAUUCCAGUUAAUCUCAGUAGUAGUUUAUUAUUUGUUGUUGAAGGCAUCCUUCCAAUGCUGUCAGGGUUUUGCUAUGAAAUGUCACUUCAUUUGUCUGGAGGAAAUGAGUUGUGUACUGGUAUACUCACAUCCAAAGAUGUUAAUGUCAUCAAAGAAGUUGGAGAGAAACUGCUGGCUCUUCACCGUCUUGAAAUAAUUUGCGCUUCAAGUCAUGUCAAAAUCCUAAGACAAUGUGUAACUAAUAUCAUGCAAUUUUGUGAAACACUACAUGAGCCUUGCUCCUUUAAUCAACUUGUCAUUUAUAGUUUGAAUAGGGCAAGAACAGUUUCACUUGCACCAUAUGUUAGCAAUCCUGAAGUUGCUCUGAAUCAAGACUUGCAAGCAUACUUAGUGAAGUAUUCCAAUGCCUACAAUGAAUCAUCUAAUGAAGUACAAAAAAGCUUAGUCAUUCCUAACGACCCCAGUUUUGUUAAGCUGAUUGAUUUAUUUUCUGAUAAUGAUGAAAACCUUAGAAUGAAUGCUGAUUCAUUAAAAGUAAAGAAACUCAUUUUGAUACUACGGAAUCUCAUUCAAAAGCAAAGAAAGCAAGGUCUUCCAAUUUUAGAAAGAAUUAAUCUUGAAGGACUUACACUCAUAACUUUAAAACUUUUAUGUGGUGUGAUUUUUAAAAGAAUUAUUAGAGUACCCAGGAGCACCCUGAAUCUUGACGAAUUUCAACAGCAAUAUGAACAAGUUAUUCAACCAAUACAGACAGUUCUUCUUAAUAAUGAAAUAGUUGAAACAUUGAUUGAUUUACUUCAUCAUCCAAAAGAUGACAUAGCAUUUCAAGUUUUGGCUUGUCUUAAUGUUUUACUUUAUCCGGGGAAUGAAGAAGCUCAAAAAAGAAUAACUUCACAUGUCAAUCAGCAAGACAGAAGCCUUUUUGUACGUGUCCAUCAAAUAUUAAGAAGAGCUCAAUCUACACUCAAUAAAGCAAAAAUGGGCAAUGCUAUGGCUCAAAUAGCAGCAUUGAUUCCAGCUGAGGAUGAUCAUGACUCCUCAUUGUCCAUUAAGUUAAUGGAAAGAAAUAAAAAUCGUGUAUUUAGCUCAAUGUCUCAAUCAAUGGAUGACUUGUCAGCAAAUGGAUCUCAAGUACAGUUGUUGAGUAGUAGAAGGCGAACAGCAGCUAUAGAAGGAAAUGAUGAAGGUCACGGAGAAGCAAAACUAUCUAUAAUGGGAAUGAGAGUAAGUUCUGCUGUUGAACAGAAUGUAAAAGCUGAAUUUAUUGAUCAUCGUAUUACCAUGGCCUUGAAUGUUCUCUCAUGGCUAUGUGAUGGGCAACAGAAAGAUAUGCAAGACAUCCUUCGAGAUGACAAAACUUUUAGUGGAUCAAAUAUUGUUAGUCAAGUUGCUUUUUUACUCCAUGGAAUUACUGAGAAUUUAAAUGAAAGCAACAUAAAUGUUGUCCAGGGUGCAGUGCAAGCAUUGAUAGAAAUGUGUGCUGGUAAUUAUAGCAAUCAAGUGAUUGCUUUUAAAGGACAAGUUAUACUGUCAGUUGAAACUAUAUUGCAAGAGGAUUUUUCCAGUGCCACAGCUUCCAAACUACUACAUCAACUGAAAUCUUCUUGCAUUGAACUGUUUGAAGUUAUGCUAGAGGAAACAGAUGAAAAUUCUCCACAGCUAGCUCAAUGGAUAAUGAAUCACUGGAACAUAGCAACAUUUUUAGGAGCAAUGUUUGAUUUAUGGCAAGCAUAUUCAGAGCCUUUUAAUAUUUCGACUCGUGAACAGUUACGAAACAGUGUGUUUCGUGCGUAUCAUGUACUUAGAAGAAUCUCUGAUUAUAAAGGAAUCAGUGUUAACAAAUUAGUGGGAUACAAGAAACACUCUAGAAAGAAUCCAACAAGUUUUGAUACAUUAUUUGGUGAAAGUGUAUAUGAUGCUAAAAGAAUGUGGCAGUAUUGUCAACAUUGGUCAAGAAGUAUUGAAGUUGUUUACAAAGCUAAGAGUGGUAAAGAAAUUUUAACACGUACCUAUUUUCCAUAUGAUCCCCAUAAACAUCUCAAUGAGAAUGAGAAAGAUACUAUUAUGUUACGCAUUAAAAGAAAUACGCCUCAAGAAAAACUCACUGAUCUCCUCAAAUGGACAGAAGCUAUUAGAUUUGCUCAUGAGUGGAAAAAAAAAGUCAAAAAAUCCUGGAAAUCCUAUUGGCUCUUGUGGGCGUCAACAAUAAGGCAUUUCCUCUUGUUUUGGUUAACAAUACUUAUAAAUGCAAUUGUACUGUUUUCUGUCAGAGCUCCAUCAGACUACAACAAUGAAACCUGUGCUGUCGAUGGUACUUGUAAUAGCACUAGUCCUCUUUACUUUAAGCCCAUUUUGAAGCCUGAUACACCUGUUUGGUAUUAUCCAGUUUUUUAUACUCUUGGCAUUAUUCAUCUAAUACUUGCUCUGUGGAUGGUUCUACAGUAUUAUGCUAAGCAUUGGACUAACAUACGUUUUGAAAUAUUAUCUAUUAAAAAAGUCAUGUACAAGGCUAAAAAAGGACUUUUGCGAAGAAAAUAUAUCUAUCAGUUCUUUAGGCUGCUCAACAAAAUUUUUUGCUGUGGAAAAUUUCGUUCAAAACCACCUCAACCUGAAAAAUAUUUUCAAAUUUUUUUCUUUAGUUUUGAGCCACUAUAUCGUAUUCUUUUUGUUAUAUUGUCUUUGCUGGGCCUUGCAGCAAGUGGCUACUUCUACUGUGGUUGCAUGAUAUACCUUUUCUUACGAAAUCAUGUGCUCAAAAAUAUACUCAGAGCUGUCAGAAAAAGUGCUGUUCAGUUACUUACUAUUCUCAUACUGGGACUUGUUGUCAUCUAUAUUUAUGCUGUUAUCAGUUUUGCACUCAUCCCAAAUUAUUUUUCUGAUACAAAUGAUGAAUUCUGUCAGACAAUAUUUCAGUGUUUUGUCACAAUAACGCGUUUGGGUCUUCUUGACACAAUUGGAUCAGCAAUUGCUAUACGUCCAAGUGAGCAAUAUCAACCAAGCUUCACUCUUGUUGCUUGGCGUACAAUUUAUGAUGUCAUAUUCUUCAUUGUUAUUACUACAUUGGGACUUAACAUUGUUAUUGCUAUACUUGUGGACAGGUUUUCAGACCUCAGAGAAGAAAAGGAUAAAAUUGAUGAUGACAAUGAGUCAAGAUGUUUUGUUUGCAGUGUUAAGAAGGAUGUAUUUGAACAGUAUGGUUUAAAUUUUCAAAAGCACUGGCGAAUUGAGCACAAUGUGUGGAAUUAUAUACAUUUUGUAUUGUAUCUUGAUACACUUCACCCAAAUGAUCAUAAUGCACUAGAAAAAUAUGUAAAGGAAAGGGUUCCUUCCAAAACUAACCCUGCUGGAAUCAUUGAAUUUUUUCCAAUGUUUAAAGCUAAAGUGCUCGCUGGCCAUGACAUACGUGUGAAUGAAGAUUGAAUGAAAGCCAACUGACUACUAUUUUUUAUCAUUUUUAAUUUUACCUAAUUUCUGUUUUUUUAUUGCUUAGUGUGAAAUUACUAUUUUAAUUUUUAUUCUUUAUCCCUCAUUAUGAAUUCAUUAGUAACAAAAAUUUAUAUACUAUGUAUAUAUACCUGUGAUUUUAUGAUUCAUUUCAGAUAUUAUGCAAAGCACAACUGGA